AUGCAGUACCCGGGCUAUCCCUAUCCCGCUCCACCCGGCUUCGCCUAUCCGUAUCCCACACCGUCCACCUCACAGGCCCAGCAUCACCAGCCAGCCACUGCGAGUUCCAUAGGCGCACCUGCUGGAGACGCGGGACCGGCGAGCGGAUCGAGGAAGCGGGCGAGGACCAGCGUCGGCGGAGCCAGUGCGAAGGGCAAAGGUGUGCGGGCGAAGCGUGCAGAAUCGGACGACGACGAUGGCGAGAGUGUUGCGACGGGUGCGGGCGACGAUGCCGAGGCGAAGCGAAAGAAGCGGCAGCCGUUGUCGUGCGGUGAAUGCCAGAGGAGGAAGAUCAAGUGCGACAGGCAGAUGCCCUGCUCCGCUUGUGUGAGGCGGAAACGGACCCACUAUUGCAGCUUUGACGACGAGGACGCCAACUCGCCUUACGCGCUCAACUCGGACGUCCGUGCCAUCGGUCGACGACUCGCCCACCUCGAGCAACUCUUCCACCAGGCGAACCCUCACCUCGCUUCUUCGUCCCAUACCGCCUUUGUCGGCUCGCCUGCGUCGGCUUCAAACAGCUCUGUCCACGCCUCGCCCUCCGUUUCCACCCGUCCCUCCUUCUCCUCACACCUUCCCGGACCUUCAGCCUCUCUCCCUCCUCCUGCCUCAAGCAAUGCGCCGAUCUCCCGAGCGAACGGCAAUGGCAAACAACGCGAUGACCGUCAAGCGACGCCGUCAGACACGGAGGACGCCGUCGCAGACCUGGAGGAGCAAACCUUCGGAGCCCGCGUCCCCGUCCUUCGUGCGCUUACGGCUGCAGCGCAAUCGAACGUCAAGCGGUACAACUACGUCAAGGUUCCCGACAUGGAGUUGACGACCUGCUUGACGUCGAUCCUCGCCGAGCCGCUUUCGUUCGACCAGGACGGACGACCUCGAAGCGCCGUUCGUCUCGGACUGGACCUUGCCGUUCCGACCUCCGAACUGCCAGCAGUCCGCCACGACGCCCUCGCGCAGAUCUUCGCCGUCUUGCCGGACGAGACGAUCGCGCGCUUCCUCAUCGAGAAGUACUUCGCCGAGAUGGAGUGGGAUUUCCGGGUCCUCGACCCCGUCGCCUUUCCCGUCGAGCACUCGCGAUACGUCGAGAUGCUCUCGUCAGGCCGGCAGGACCUCAUCGACCCACUUUGGAUCGCCGUCUUCUGCAUGGUCCUCGCACUCUCGCUCGAGGGCUUCUGGUCGCGGCCGAACGGGAUGAAGGAUCUCGGGUUGUUUCGAGGGUUGCAGGAGGCAGACUUGCGCGACUUGCCGAGCGUGUGGCACGAUGCGGCGCUGAGGGCACUUCAGCUGGGCGAGUGGGGAGGGACGCCUAGGAUUCGCACGCUGCAGUGCUGCAUCCUGCUCGGACAGUACAUCCAGAUCUCCUCUUCGUCAGGCCAGCAAGGCCGCUUCCUCGGUUGGGCGGCCUCCGCCUUUCGCGUCGCCCAGCGGAUGGGUCUCCACCGCCUCGGGUCCGACCCGCAGAAGAUGCCGCCCGACGACCCAGCUUUGCCGCCUGGAUGCAACAGUCUCAAGAGGGAGAUGGCGGUCAGGCUCUGGCACCACCUCGUCAACAUCGAUUCGUGGCUGUCGGACUCGCCUUGCUUCCGCUGCUACAUGCUCCAUCCGUCGCAAUACAACACCGCUCGCCCACUCAACCUCAACCUGAGCGAUCUCUCCCGCACCGAAUGGCGCACGCCUCCUCCCCAUUCACCGACAGUCUACACCGACGCGUCCUUCCAGCUAAUCCAGUGCAAAAUCACCGAGCAGAUCCGCCGCGCGCUCGACACGCUCGUCCUCUCGAACGACUCUUUCAGCUACCCCGCCGUCCUCGAGCAAGACAAGGGCUGGCGAUCAGUCCUUGACGCCGUCCCCGCCGUCUUUGCCGACCCGCCGCAGAUCGUCGAUUCGCCUAGGACUGCUUACGAGCGGGCAUGCUUGCACGAAGACGUCUUCUCCCGCAUCGUCCGCCUCAACCGCCCAUUGCUCGGCCGAGGGUACCUGCCAGACUCGCCUUACCAUGCCUCGACGGUCAAGUGCAUCGAGGCGGCGCAGAAGCUUAUCGAGAACAAUUAUGACAUGCUCGCGCUCGAGACGAGCAGGUGGUGGAUGUACACCGGUACCCUUGCGAGCGCUAUCGUUCUGAUGAUGGACGUCUUCCACGCCAUUGACAACGACCUGUCCGACAGCGAAAUCAAGCAGAGGCGCUACACCCUGAACAAGGCGCGCCUGAUCUACGACUCGCAGGUCGCGACGCCUGCCUUGACGGUCGUCGUCGAGGAGGGCCGCAAGAUCCUCGCUUCGUUGCUUGCGGAAGAGCAGAACCGCCGGACGACUCGCGCCGCACACGGCAUGGCGGAUGCUCCGCUACCGCCGCUCGAGACGUUCUCGCAAGUCCUCAAGCGGGUAUCGCGCCAAGUUGCGGCAGAAGAGCGACCGCCUAUCGCCGUCGCUACGCCCUUUCACUACGCCGCAUCGCCCGCACCGUUCUCGCAGCCUACGUCCGCUCCGCCUGUCGGCCAUGCCGCCCUCUCCUUCGCCCAGGCCGCCGCCUCUGCCAUGGCUCGCGCACCAAUGGCUUUCGACUCUGUUGACGCGGCAUCGCCCAUGGACGGCUUCGAGGCUGGGCCCGACUACUCGAGUUUCCUCAACACGCUCGCGUCAGAAGACUGGACCGCAACGACAUUCACGAGUCCAGGCGGAGACGAGGCGGGCUUGCUGGACCAGUUGGCGGCGACUUGGUAG